AUGGGCAUCUUCUCCAUCCUUGAAGAGGAGUGCAUGUUCCCCAAGGCCACAGACACAUCCUUCAAGAACAAGCUGUAUGACCAACAUCUUGGCAAAAACAGAGCAUUUGAAAAGCCAAAGCCCGCCAAGGGCAAGGCUGAGGCCCACUUCUCCCUGGUGCACUAUGCUGGUACCGUGGAUUACAACAUCGCUGGCUGGCUGGACAAGAACAAGGACCCACUGAAUGAGUCUGUUAUUCAGCUGUACCAGAAAUCCUCAAUGAAACUGCUGGCUCUUCUGUAUCCUCCCGUUGUUGAGGAGUCUAGUGGUGGUAGCAAGAAAGGAGGCAAGAAGAAGGGUGGUUCUAUGCAGACUGUGUCUUCACAGUUUAGGGAGAACUUGGGCAAGCUGAUGACUAACUUG